AUGGAAAACCGGUUGAGUACCCGGAUCUCUCGCAUCUUCCGGGGCUCAUUCGGGUCCUCUUGCCGGACCCGGAACCUCUCCGACGUCGCCGAGAAGGCCGUCUUCAUCCCCCACCGGCAAAACAUCAACAACGACGAAAACGGCUCUGUUUCGUCGCUAAAGGCUCGACCUUUCCCGACCAUAUGCAGAGCAGCAACCUGCCCUGAAACCGCAACUCAAGUGAUCAAUCACUGUACCAUCCCUUCAAAGAGGAAAGAAUCUCACCAGAGAAGAUACCCUCCUCUCGUUCCUAACUCCGGGAAAGGCUUCCCUCCGGAUUUGUCGUCCCCUGUUUCUCCCCUGACCCGGUCAUACUACCGGAAAAAACAGAGUACCCAGAAACAGGGGACGAAAAGCAAGAAGAAGAAGAAGAAAAGGGGCGGAACCCAGAAGCGGGAAACGAGUUCUCUUAUUAGUUCUUCGUCCCUCGACAGCGUCUACUUCGGCGGGAGUUACUAUUGGUUCAGCAGCGAAGACGAAGACGAAGGAGGAGGAAAAGGCGAUAAGAAUGGGUAUGAGAACGAUGACGAAUCCGACACUCUGUUUUUCUCCUCCAGAAGCCUCUCCUCCGAUUCGUCGGCUCUCUCUGCCAGCCGCCGCCACCGAAACCGCCGGAAUCAUCGCCGUGAAGGGUAUGCCACAGUCGAGUCAGAUAUUCGCCGCGAAAUCGACAACUCGAAGAAGGGCGUCGCUAAAGCUGCUGCUGGCGAUGCUAAAAGUGGCGAUAAAAGCGGGAAGCUGCCACUGGAGGGGAAAGUGAAGGGGAGCUUUGCAGUGGUGAAGAGCUCGAGCGAUCCUUACAACGAUUUCAGGACAUCAAUGGUGGAGAUGAUUAUAGAGAAGCAGAUAUUCGGGGCCAAGGAUUUGGAGCAGCUGCUGCAGUGUUUCUUGACUCUCAACUCUGAUCAUCACCACAGGAUCAUCGUUGAGGUUUUCACUGAGAUUUGGGAAGCUCUCUUCUCCACCUUCUAUUGA